AUUGGAGCCAGACCCUUCUUCCAUCACCACCCUACAAUAAGAAGAGAAAAGGCUAAUAAAUAUGCAUGUGCUGCAAAAACUACAAAACCCCAAUCAAAUUUAGCCACCUUCUGAUUUUUUAAUCUCUACUUUUUUCAUUCCAAAUCUCUUAUCAUUUGGGUUCAUCCAUGACUAGACCACAGAACUAUACUCCAACUACUUCCUGAUAUUCUGAUCUUCUAUCUCCUAAUUUUCUUAUAUCAAGCACCAUCUUCAACUUGCUCUGGAUUCUUUAGAAACAAUCACUUUUCCCGAAUUUGAUUUGAUCUUUUCUUUAUCUCUCUGAUUUUCUUUCAAGUGUUGACUGGUUUGAAUAAUUAUUAAGAUUCGCUUAUUGUUUGGUUGGCAAGAUAUAGGCUUAUAUUUGUUCAAGUAAGAUCAGUUCCUAUAUUUUUCAAGAUUCUUAGAAGAUAUGGAGACUUUGUAUCCUGCAUCUCACACUUUCAAUUCGAACUGGUCGAUGCAAGAAUUUCAAAGCACAAGAACCAACUGGACAACUGAAGACAACAAGAAGUUUGAGAGCUGUCUAGCACUUUACGACAAAGAGACACCUGAUCGAUGGAUAAAGGUGGCAUUAAUGAUCCCUGGGAAAACAGUCUAUGAUGUGAUUGAGCAGUACAGGAAAUUGGUGGCUGAUAUCAGUGAUAUUGAAGCUGGUCUGUUCCCACUUCCACCAGGUGAUCCACAGGAUUCUUCUUUCACAAUGGAAUUGGCGGGAAUUCCAGAACUCAACGAGUUCAGAAAGAGGCCUUUGGCUUGUAGAUCUUCUGAUCAGGAGAAAAAGAAAGGUGUACCUUGGACAGAAGAUGAACACAGGCGGUUUCUAAUGGGGCUUCAGAAGCAUGGCAAAGGAGACUGGAGGAACAUAGCACGAAAUUUUGUCAUCACCAAGACAUCAACUCAAGUGGCAAGCCAUGCUCAGAAAUACUACUUGAGACAACUUUCAGAAGGGAAAGAAAAGAGGAGGCCUAGCAUCCACGACAUCACCACCACGCAUCUGACAGACACUACUCCAUCCGACGAUUACAAAUUUCCUGCAGACGACAAGUCUACUUUCAUUCCACAGCCAGAGAAGCCCAUCAGCAUGCCACAAAAAGUUCUUGACUGGAAUAAGACAGAUGAUGAAUUACUGAUGAUGUUCAACUCAAUGCAUAACAAUACUUUAACAGCGUAUAAGCAUGAGACUGGUGACCUUGGAGCUGGUUUCAGCCCUCUGAAUCCAGGAUUUCAGUUCCGAGCAGGUAGACAUCAAAUUUGGUAACAGAGGAGAAAAUUCCCCCUUGAUAAGUUGGCUAGGUUGUUUGAUGCAUGCAAAAAGCAUGAGUUUGUUAAGUCAUUGGUUAUGCAAUGAGAUGUGAUAAUCUGGUUUGCUGAACAUAUCAGAGAAAAUGAAUCAUAUCUUAGCUACUGAUGUGGAAUGCAUAAUAUUAAAUUUUCACAAAUUUUUUUA